AUGUCUACAUUGAGGAGAAUAUGGGGGGGCAGAGAAACAUUCGUUCGGUGGUCCUUGAUGUUCUUCAUGUUAUACGUGAUUGCCGGUCAUUUAUACGGAGGCUUGUGGUAUAACGGAGCCAUAAACGCAGAGACAGAAUGCUGGAAGGAAGCCUGCGGAAAUCAUACUGGAUGCAGUACUGAUAUUUUCUCUUGCAAUAAAAGUUUGGAACACAUAAAAUUGCUAAACAAUUCUUGCUCUAGAAAUACCACGAAAUAUGAUUUUGGAACAUUCCUUGAUGCCCAUCGUUCUGGAAUGCUGCUGGUGGGGACAGAUAUUAUUACGAGGAUGUUAUUUUGUUUCAAAUGGGGCCUGCAAAAUAUCAGUAGUUUUGGUCAAAACAUCGGACCAAUUUCUUCAUUCUGGGGAAUCAUAUUUGCAAUUGCUAUUAUCUUUACUGGAGUGGUGUUGUUUUUCUUCCUCGUUGGUAAAUUGCAGUUAUGUCUGCAAGCUGACACUAAAGGAUUUGCCAAGAUGAGACAGAAGUCACGAGAGACAGAGCAGUGGAUGCCUUUCAAAAGACUAAAUGAGGAUCUACAAUCUCAGGUGAAGAAUUACCAUUGCGAGAAUGUUCUGUCGAAAACCAAAGGUGUAAAUAUAGAAAAUGUUUUCAAUGGUCUUCCCAAGAACCUCCAAAGACAAUUGAAUCAAGAACUCUGUGUAGAUCUGCUCGAAAUAGUGACACAAUUUGGAAAUUUGAGUGAAGCAGAAAUGCAGCAUCUGUGUGAUUGUGUAAAGCCAGUUUUCUUUGGUCAGCGCACUCGCAUUAUCCGAGAGGGAGACCCAAUUGAUGAGAUGAUCUUGGUGGUGCAAGGCAAGCUAUGGACCUACACUUCGAGGACUAAUGGUCGCAAUCACAGAAAUGAGCAUCUAAAAGAUGGCGACUGCUGGGGAGAAGAACUUGUGGAUUGGUUUAAUGCUGAUCCCUGCACUUCCAACCUUCCUAUCUCAACCAAAACUAUUCAAGCAGUUACAGACGUUGAUGCCUUCGUCCUUAUGGCCCAUGACUUGAAAGAUAUACUCCGUAAACAUCAUAUAGUUCGUGGUAUGCAGCAACGCUUUCGUUACUUACGUUUAAGAAGGAACUCAGAAACCAACUCUAUCCAGGAAGCGAACUCCAGCAACACAACACAAUCUCAGCAGUGA